CAUCAAUUUCUCCGAAGAAGACUUCCGGUGGUGUGUCAUGGCGGUGGCAUGGUGAGUCCCACAGAAAGGGAAAAAUACUCGCCCCUUUCGUCCUUCCCCACCUAUUCUGGACAGAUUUUCAUGCAUUAAUAAGCCUCCAGCUCCGGUGUUACGUCUUGGAUUUACCACCAUAACGCUGCGGUGUCCCUCCGCCUGGCCAUGGCGGCUCACAAACCAGUGGAAUGGGUCCAGGCCGUGAUUACUAGAUUUGAUGAGCAGCUUCCCAUUAAAGUUGGACACCAGAACACACACACCAAGCUCAGCACAGAGCACAACAAGGAAUGCCUGAUCAACAUCUCCAAGUAUAAAUUUUCACUGGUCAUCAGUGGCCUCACCACCAUCCUUAAAAAUGUCAACAACAUGCGGAUAUUUGGAGAAGCUUCUGAAAGGAACCUCUACCUCUCCCAGCUCAUAAUUCUGGACACACUGGAGAAGUGCCUAGCUGGGCAACCUAAGGACUGCUUGCGUCUGGAUGAGACCAUGCUGGUUAAACAGCUGCUGCCAGAGAUCUGCCAUUUCAUCCACACGUAUCGUGAGGGACACCAGCACGCUGCUGAGCUCCGGGCAUCGGCCUCAGCUGUCCUCUUCUCUCUGAGUUGCAACAACUUCAGUGCUGUUUUCAGCCGCAUCUCCACCAGGCUACAGGAGCUGACUGUGUGCCCAGAGGACAAUGUGGAUGUCCAUGACAUAGAACUGAUGCAGUACAUCAAUGUGGACUGCUCCAAGCUGAAGAGGCUGCUACAAGAAACUGUACUAAAGUUCCGAGCUCUAAAGAAGCCUGCCCAACUAGCAGUCAUCAGCAGUUUAGAGAAGGCAUUUUGGAACUGGGUAGAGAAUUAUCCAGAUGAGUUCACAAUGCUGUACCAGCGUCCACAGGCAGAUAUGGCGGAAGCAGCCGAGAAGUUGUUUGACCAUGUAGACAGCUUUGCAGAAAGUGCCAAGAGGAAGGCAGCUGUAUGGCCACUGCAGAUAAUACUCCUCAUCCUCUGUCCAGAGAUUACACACACAAUCUCUAAAGACACAGUAGAAGACAGCAAGGCCAACAAGAAACUGUUUUUGGACAGUUUGCGUAAAGCUUUAUCGGGACAAGGUGGCAGCAAGCAGCUGAUGGAGAGUGCUGCCAUCGCCUGUGUGAAGCUUUGUAAAGCUUCAACCUACAUCAAUUGGGAAGAUCACUCCACCAUUUUCCUAUUGGUCCAGUCCAUCGUAAUGGAUCUUAAGACUCUGCUGUUCAACCCAGCCAAGCCCUUCUGGAGGGGGACCGGCAGUCAGAAUGCUGACAUGGAGCUCAUGAUAGACUGCUUUGUCUCCUGUUUCCGCAUCAAUCCUCACAAUAACCAGCAUUUUAAGAUCUGUUUGGCCUCCACCUCCCCAUCCACCUUUCACUUUGUAUUGGUCAACUCGCUGCACAGAAUAAUCACCAAUUCACAUCUGGACUGGUGGCCUAAGAUUGAUGCAGUCUACUGCUACUCUGGAGAACUACGCUUCAUGUUUGCAGACACCCUUAACCGGGUGAUCCAAGGAGCGGGCACCCACGCCCCGCUACGCAUGACACCGAGUCUGACUUUUAUAGGGAAGAAGACCACCAGCCUUAAAUUCAAAGAGAAAGCCACAGACCUGGACACUCGAAGCUACAAGUGCCUCCUUCUUGCUCUGGUCAAACUCAUUCAUGCGGACCCCAAACUCAUGUUGCACAAUCCAGUGAAGCAAUCUCCAGAGAUGCAGAGUAGCACAGCAGAGCUCAUCACUGGUCUUGUUCAGCUAGUGCCUCUAACCAACACCACCCAGCUCUCACAAGAAGCCAUGGAGGCUCUGUUAGUUCUGCACCAGCCAGAGACCAUAGAGCUGUGGAAUCCUGAUGCCCCCAUCGAGACAUUCUGGGACAUUAGUUCACAAGUUCUCUUCCUAAUUUGCCGCAAACUAAUUGGCCAGCAAAUAGUUAACGGGACCGAAGUUCUGAAAUGGCUGAGGGAGAUCCUAAUUUGCAGGAACAAGUUUCUGCUCAAAACCAAGGAGUGUGCCACUACAGGUGGUGGCAUCCCCAUUUGCCGGCAAGCUCAGACAAAGCUGGAAGUGUGUCUCUACAUGUUCCUGUGGAGCCCAGACACUGAGGCAGUGCUCGUGGCCAUGUCCUGUUUCCGACACCUCUGCGAGGAGGCUGACAUCCGCAGUGUCGCUGAUGAGGUACCCGUCCAGACAAUCCUGCCUAACUACGCCACCUUCAGUGAACUGGCCUCUGUCAGCACCAUAAUGGGCACAGGACGCUCCACUUUGCAGAAAAGGGUGAUGGCCUUGUUAAGGAGGAUAGAGCACCCCACACCGGGAAACAUUGAGGCCUGGGAAGACACAUAUACUAAAUGGGACCAGUCCACAAAACAAAUUCUCAACUUCCCCAAAAACAAGGCAGAUGAUGGGCAGCAGGAGUGGAUCAAUAUGACGGGGUUCCUAUGUGCUCUAGGGGGUGUGUGUCUCCAGCAGCGCAGCACCCCCGGCCCAGCCACCUACAGCCCACCUAUGGGACCCAUGAGUGAACGCAAACACUCCAUGAUCUCCAUGGGCCCCUGUGAGGUAUCUAACCCCAUGGCCUCCUCAUGCUCUUCAUCGGCCUCUAGCGAGACUCCUGUCAGCCGCUUCCUUGACCGGCUGCUGGCCCUGCUGGUGUGUGGUCAUGACAGGGUUGGGCUCCAUGUUCGCACCAAUGUUAAAGACCUUCUUGGGCUGGAGCUCAGUCCCGCGCUCUACCCCAUGCUCUUCAACAAGCUACGGAACAGCAUCGGCAAAUUCUUUGACACUCAGGGACCGGUCCCCAUCAACGACACUAACACACAGUUUGUGGAGCAGACCAUAGCCAUCAUGAAGAACCUGUUAGAUAACCACACAGAGGGUAGCUCUGAACACCUGGGGCAGGCCAGCAUCGAGACUAUGAUGCUCAACCUGGUCAGGUAUGUACGCAUCUUGGGUAAUGCGGUCCAUGCCAUCCAGAUCAAAACCAAGCUUUGCCAACUUGUAGAGGUGAUGAUGGAGAGACGAGAUGACUUAUCCUUCUGCCAGGAGAUGAAGUUCAGGAACAAGAUGGUGGAGUACCUGACAGACUGGGUCAUGGGAACCUCCAACCAAGCCGCCGAUGAUGACAUCAAGUGCCUGACAAGGGACCUGGACCAAGCAAGUAUGGAGGCUGUAGUGUCUCUAUUAGCUGGUCUUCCUCUGCAGCCAGAGGAGGGAGAUGGAGUUGAACUGAUGGAGGCCAAAUCACAGCUCUUUCUCAAAUACUUCACUUUGUUUAUGAACCUCCUGAACGACUGCAGUGAGGUUGAGGAUGAGGGCCAGGCAGUUGGGGGACGAAAGAGAGGAAUGUCCCGACGCUUGGCGUCCCUCCGUCACUGCACUGUCUUGGCCAUGUCUAACCUGCUCAAUGCAAAUGUUGACAGCGGCCUCAUGCACUCCAUUGGUCUGGGUUACCACAAGGACCUUCAGACCCGAGCUACUUUCAUGGAAGUGCUGACCAAGAUCCUGCAGCAAGGAACAGAGUUUGACACGCUUGCAGAGACUGUGCUGGCUGACCGCUUUGAGAGGCUUGUAGAGCUGGUGACCAUGAUGGGAGAUCAGGGAGAGCUGCCCAUCGCCAUGGCUUUGGCUAAUGUAGUUCCUGGAUCCCAGUGGGAUGAGCUAGCCAGAGUCCUUGUGACAUUGUUUGACUCCCGCCACCUCCUCUACCAGUUGCUGUGGAACAUGUUUUCUAAAGAGGUGGAACUGGCUGACUCCAUGCAAACACUCUUUAGAGGAAACAGCCUGGCCAGCAAGAUUAUGACCUUCUGUUUCAAGGUAUAUGGAGCAGCAUACCUGCAGAAGUUAUUGGAGCCUUUAUUAAAAGGGGUCAUCACAUCCCCUGAACACAUCAGUUUUGAAGUGGACCCCACCAGGCUGGAACAAGGUGAAAACCUGGAGGAGAACCAGAGGAACCUGCUGCAGAUUGCUGAGCGCUUCUUCCAAGCCAUCACUGGUUCAUCCAACGAGUUCCCCCCACAGCUCCGCAGUGUUUGCCACUGUCUCUACCAGGCUACUUGCUACUCUCUACUGAAUAAAGCAACAGUAAAAGAAAAAAAGGAAAACAAAAAAGCAGUCGUGAGUCAACGGUUUCCACAGAACAGCAUAGGUGCAGUGGGCAGUGCCAUGUUUCUGCGCUUUGUCAACCCAGCUAUUGUGUCUCCCUACGAGGCCGGAAUCUUGGACAAGAAGCCAUUGCCCAGGAUAGAACGGGGUCUCAAACUCAUGUCCAAGAUUCUGCAGAGUAUUGCAAACCAUGUCCUGUUUACAAAAGAAGAACACAUGAGACCUUUUAAUGACUUUGUGAAGAGCAACUUUGAUUCAGCAAGAAGGUUUUUCUUGGAUAUAGCAUCUGACUCUCCUCCCAGUGACUCAGUCAACCACAGUUUGUCCUUUAUCAGUGAUGGUAAUGUGCUAGCCCUUCACCGGCUGCUGUGGAACAACCAGGAAAGGAUCGGCCAGUACCUCUCCAGUAAUAGAGACCACAAGGCUGUAGGCAGGCGACCUUUUGAUAAGAUGGCUACACUGCUGGCCUACCUUGGACCCCCGGAGCACAAACCUGUGGCUGAUACCCAUUGGUCCAGUCUCAAUCUGACCAGCUCCAAAUUUGAAGAGUUCAUGACCAGGCACCAGGUCCAUGAGAAGGAGGAGUUCAAAGCCUUAAAGACCCUCAACAUUUUCUACCAAGCGGGAACCUCUAAAACUGGCAACCCAGUGUUCUACUAUGUGGCCCGCAGGUUCAAAACAGGCCAGAUCAAUGGGGACUUGCUCAUCUACCAUGUCCUUCUCACCCUCAAACCGUACUAUGCUAAGCCAUAUGAGAUAGUGGUGGACUUAACACAUGUUGGACCCAGCAAUCGCUUCAAGACGGACUUCUUGUCCAAGUGGUUUGUGGUAUUUCCUGGUUUUGCCUAUGAGAAUGUAGCAGCUGUUUAUGUCUACAACUGCAACACUUGGGUGAGGGAGUACACCAAGUAUCAUGAACGGCUACUGACGGGUUUGAAGGGCAGCAAGCGUCUUCAGUUCAUUGACUCUCCAGCUAAGUUGGCCGAGCACAUUGAACCUGACCAGCAGAAGCUGCCAGCAGCCACACUGACACUGGAGGAAGACCUCAAAGUGUUCCACAAUGCUCUCAAGCUAGCACAUAAAGACACCAAAGUCUCAAUAAAGGUCGGUUCAACAGCAGUUCAGGUGACCUCAGCUGAGCGGACUCGUGUCCUUGGCCAGCCUGUCUUCCUCAAUGAUGUCUAUUACGCCUCGGAGAUUGAGGAGAUUUGUCUGGUGGAUGAAAGUCAGUUCACGCUCACCAUGGCCAACCAGGGCACACCACUCACAUUUAUGCAUCAGGAGUGUGAUGCCAUCGUCCAGUCUAUUAUCCAUAUCCGGACACGCUGGGAGUUGUCACAACCAGACUCCAUCCCGCAGCAUACCAAGAUCCGACCCAAAGAUGUUCCUGGCACACUGCUCAACAUUGCUCUGCUCAACCUGGGCAGUUCUGACCCCAGUCUCAGGUCUGCAGCUUACAAUCUACUGUGUGCUUUGACCUGCACCUUCAACCUAAAGAUAGAGGGCCAGCUGCUGGAGACAUCAGGUCUCUGCAUCCCAGCUAACAACACCCUCUUUAUAGUUUCCAUUAGCAAGACUUUGGCGGCCAAUGAGCCCCAUCUGACGCUGGAGUUUCUGGAGGAGUGCAUCUCAGGAUUCAGCAAAUCUAGUAUUGAGUUGAAGCAUCUCUGCUUGGAGUAUAUGACACCCUGGCUGCUCAAUCUGGUUCGCUUCUGUAAGCACAAUGAUGAUGCCAAGCGCCAGCGCGUCACUGCCAUUUUGGACAAACUCAUCACCAUGACAAUCAAUGAAAAGCAGAUGUAUCCCUCUAUCCAGGCCAAGAUCUGGGGAAGUCUGGGCCAGAUAACAGACCUGUUGGAUGUGGUGUUGGACAGCUUUAUUAAGACCAGUGCUACAGGGGGCCUAGGUUCCAUCAAAGCGGAAGUCAUGGCUGACACCGCAGUGGCUUUGGCUUCAGGGAAUGUGAAACUAGUCUCCAACAAGGUUAUUGGCCGGAUGUGUAAGAUCAUAGACAAGACAUGUCUGUCACCAACACCCACACUUGAGCAGCACCUGAUGUGGGACGAUAUUGCCAUCUUGGCACGGUACAUGCUCAUGCUAUCCUUCAACAACUCCCUGGAUGUUGCAGCACACUUGCCAUACCUGUUCCAUGUGGUGACUCUGCUCGUAGCCACCGGGCCACUGUCCCUAAGAGCCUCCACCCACGGUUUGGUCAUCAACAUUAUUCACUCCCUCUGCACAUGCUCACAGCUCAACUUCAGUGAAGAGACCAAGCAGGUUCUGAGGUUGAGCCUGACGGAGUUCUCCCUGCCAAAGUUCUAUCUGCUAUUUGGCAUCAGCAAAGUCAAGUCAGCUGCCGUCAUUGCCUUCCGCUCCAGCUACAGAGACCGCUCAUUCUCACCGGGCUCAUAUGAGAGAGAGACAUUUGCCCUGUCCUCCCUGGAGACCGUCACUGAAGCCUUGCUGGAAAUCAUGGAGGCGUGUAUGAGGGACCUGCCUACCUGCAAAUGGUUGGACCAAUGGACAGAGCUCGCACAGAAAUUCGCAUUCCAGUACAACCCAUCUCUCCAGCCAAGAGCACUGGUGGUAUUUGGCUGUAUCAGUAAGAGAGUAAGCCACGGCCAAAUUAAGCAAAUCAUUCGAAUUCUCAGCAAGGCCAGCCCCCUGCUCAGCAUAGAUCGGGGUCUGGAGAGCUGCCUGAAGGGCCCAGACAAUUACAACAGCCAAGUAUUGAUAGAGGCUACAGUGAUUGCCCUGACCAAACUUCAGCCUCUACUCAGCAAGGAGUCACCCAUGCAUAAAGCUCUGUUCUGGGUGGCAGUAGCUGUGCUUCAGUUGGAUGAAGUCAACCUGUACUCUGCUGGAACUGCUCUGUUGGAGCAGAACCUCCACACUCUGGACACAAUGCGUGUCUUCAAUGACAAGAGCCCAGAAGAAGUGUUCAUGGAAAUCAGGCAUCCCUUGGAAUGGCACUGUAAACAGAUGGAUCACUUUGUGGGCCUCAACUUCAGUACCAACUUCAACUUUGCGCUGGUGGGCCACCUACUGAAAGGCUACAGACACCCAUCCCCCACAACGGUAGCAAGGACAGUGAGAAUCCUGCACACACUGUUAGCGCUCAUCAGCAAACAUCUAAAAUGUGACAAGUUUGAGGUCAGCACCCAGAGUGUGGCCUAUUUGGCUGCGCUGCUCACUGUAUCUGAGGAGGUCAGGAGUCGCUGCAGCCUUAAACACAGAAAGUCCCUGCUGAUUUCGGACCUCUCCGUGGACCCAGUACCUAUGGACACCUAUUCCUGUCACAUCUCUGAUCCUACUUGCAGAUCUUUACAAGAGACUCAGCCAUGGACGUCACCUCAGGUUUCAGAGCGUUACCUUUCAGCCCAUCACUACCCUACAAUGGGUCAAAUCAGCCCCCGAACACGCAAGUCCAUGAGCCUAGACAUGGGCCAGCCCUCACAAGCCAACACCAAGAAGCUCCUGGGCACCAGGAAAAGCUUUGAUCAUCUCAUAUCAGACUCCAAAGCACCAAAGAGACCAGAAAUGGAGUCUGGUAUGACUACCCCUCCAAAGAUGAGACGUGUAGCAGAGAAUGACUAUGAAAUAGAAACGCCAAGAAUUGGAAACUCUCAUCUUCGCAAGGUGUCUGUAUCAGAGUCCAACGUUCUACUGGAUGAGGAAGUGCUGACUGACUCAAAGAUCCAGGCUCUGCUGCUAACUGUGCUGGCCACGCAGGUCAAAUACACCACAGAUGACUUUGAUCAGCGAAUUCUUUAUGAGUACCUGGCUGAAGCUAGCGUUGUCUUCCCAAAGGUUUUUCCAGUUGUCCACAACCUGCUGGACUCCAAGAUCAACACUGUGCUGUCCAUGUGCCAGGACAUCAACCUCCUAAACCCUGUACAUGGUAUUGUACAGAGUGUGGUGUACCACGAGGAGUCACCCCCCCAGUACCAACCUUCCUAUUUACAAAGCUUUGGCUUUAAUGGACUUUGGAGGUUUGCUGGGCCAUUCUCUAAGCAGACACAGAUACCAGACUAUGCCGAGCUGAUCGUGAAGUUUCUGGAGGCGUUGAUUGAUUGCUACCUGCCAGCUGCUGACGAGGAGCGAGGGGAGGAGCAGCUUAGGACGCCCACUUCACCCUAUCCCCCCAGCAGCCAGAGCCAGCUAAGCAUCACUGCCAACCUCAAUCUGUCUAAUUCCAUGACCUCACUCGCCACCUCACAGCACUCACCAGGUGUGGAUAAGGAGAAUGUCCAGCUAUCCCCCAGCUCUGCUCUGUCCAGUGGAGGUCGCACUCGCCACGGUUCAGCAAGUCAGGUACAGAAGCAACGCAGUGCCGGCAGUUUCAAGAGACCUAGCAUCAAGAAGAUUGUGUGACCAACCAGAGGACCCCAACCCACCCACAUCCUCGUCCACUUCCUCCUGCUCACCUGGCACCUCCCCACACAACACUCCAUAUUUACUCCUAUUUCAUCUUUGUUCUUCAUGGAUGUUCCUUUGGCAUGUGAUUUUAUGUUUUGUGUCAAGGAGAAAGCAAAAGCAAACUUGAAUUCUGCUGCUUUUUUUUUCAAAUGCUUCAUUUGGACCAGACAUAGCGUGGCCUAGUUUCUGUGGAACCAUUUCUGUUGUCAUCCGGAGUUGAUCUGUUUAGCUACAGCCCGAGUGUCCUGCAGUGUGGGAGGUCAAACACGAAAAUAGAAAAAAGGCAAACAGGUGGGAAAACUAUUGUUAAGUUUGGAUGUGGACUUUCCCAGACAGUUUAUGCUGGAAUGAUCCACGUAGCAAAUUCUGAAUUGGCUGAAGUUUGAUCUGCAGUAUGUUCGGUGGCCUUCAAUCUGGUGUCAGUGAGAUGGACCAAAUGAACCCAACAACAGUUGUGGUGGGGGUGUCAAUCUGUGAAACAGGACCUUCAUUCUGGACCUAUUUGGACAUCUCAGUUCCCCACUCUCAGUCCUGUACAUAUUUUACAUGGACAGAUUAUGUAUAACUAGUCCUUACUGCUACGUUAGAUGUUGACGUUAUCUCCAUGGUGUGCCUUUGUCAUGAUUUUUGUGUACAAUUUGUAAACGAAAAGUCAGAUAACAGCUACUAAUUAUGGAGGCAAGCCGCCCACAUCACCACACAUUCAGUCUCAGCUGCGCCAUGAUCAUCAAAUAUACAAUUAUCCGUGUACUCCAUUGCCUGAAGCUAUUUGUCAUGUAAACAUGUCUUACCACUUUCCAAAAAUCUGCUUUUUCAGACACUUUCAACAUGAAGAUUACAAAACACUAGGGGAAAUGCAACUGUGUAAAUAGCUGCACGCUUGUUGUAAUUUUUCCUUUGCUUUUAUUUAGCUUUUUGGCUAUUUUAAAUUUUUUGUAUUUUGAAUAGCAUAACAUUUUAUUUGUUUGACAAGGAAAAUGGUUUAAUAGGCAAUAAUCCUGAACUUUCAUCCACCCAAUUUAUUUGUACUCAAACAGGAAGAAUACAUUUGUAUUGUCUGCUUGGUGCAAUAUAAUACCAUCUCCUGAGUUUCCUGUUAACGUAGAGAUUCAACUCUACAUGGGCUUCAUUUAAUGCUUUCCUCUAAUGACCAUGUGAAUAGAAAAGAGGCAGAGGACAGUGUCACAUACACCUCCAUAUGUUUCAUCUGAGCAGAAUCAUGAGAUUUGCAAGUUUAAACUGCAGGCUCUACUCUGAAACCUUGGACAUUUCACUGCUAGGUCUGUAAAUUAUGGGAAAUGUGUAUAAAAUUUGCAGUUACGUCUCUACUUCCUCCAACUUUGCAAAAACAGAAUAUGUUGGAAAUGCGUGCUCCCGUGUCUAAGAACCAUUUAGUACUGCACUAUAAUAAUGCAGUCAUGAGUCAGUGGAAUGAAUUAAUGAACUCAAGCAAGUUUCAGCUGCACAGAGGUCAAUUUGGACGUUGGAACUAAUUGUUAUGUUUAAAGACACUGUCAGUUACAACCUAUGUGAAUAAGCCUACAGAAGAACUACAGAAGAAGCAUUAAUUUAAUUCUGAGAGGAACUGUUUACAGCAGACAUCACUGAUCCAGAAAGAGCAGAUGACUUCUCUUUGCUCAGUUUAGGUUAGUCAAGACUAAACAGGCCACAAAAAAAUCAAGAGAAAAGUCUCAUUUGUCUUUUUGUUGAGACAACCAAGAUACAGCGUCAAUUGUGUACCUUCCACAAAACACAACCAGGAAAAAUUUGAAGGCAAACUUUAUUUGAGCACCGGGUUAGCAGAUUCCCAUUGUUUUGGUUUGACUUGUGUAUGAAUGAAAAUAUAAAGGAGUAUGUGUCCAUAACCUCUUAAAGAAGUGGUUGACUUGCACUAAUAAAAAAAAUAAUAAUUUUUUUUUUUUUUUAAAUGGAUGGAAAGAUGGAAAAACCUCAAAAUGUGGCAUGUUUUAUUUGAUGUUAUGCAAAAUCUAAUGUCUGAAGAGUAUUAGUCUGAGUUUUGUUUUUCAAUGCAGUACGUGUGACAAUUGUAAAUACUUUGUGUACAAUUUGAGAUGGUAUAUUUACUACUCUGUACAUACAUGUGAUAUUGUAUCAUUUUGUUUUUGUAAAGCAGUUAGUUUCUGUAUAAUAAUACACAAAUUGAACUAUUCCAGUGUUAGUAAUAAAAUGUUUUGCUCUCA